GUGACAUAGGGUAUGCAAGUGUAAGUCAGCAUCUGCCCAAGAGCGCACUUAACGUUUAAAGGGAGUUACCAUUGGUACAUAAAUACAUGUUCGUACGUCCGUGCGUUCAAAGUGCUUCUUUACUUCAGCGCUUCUGCUCAUUUGUACAUCUGCAUUUUUGCAAAUACUUUGCGAAGGAACCCCCGUUCUUCUUGAGGAAAGGAAGUACACACCCGGCUGCCAAAGCAAAAAGGAGUUUGACGGGGGAAAGCGAAGCGCCCGUAUAACAGGCCUCACGUAGCAGCCACUGCAUAGCGGACAGCGCCCCGUGGUUUUUUCCCCUACAGAGUUCAUAACAGGUCGCCAAAAUGUUAGAGGCCAAGCUUAACAAUGCGUCCAUUUUGAAGAAGCUAUUCGAGUGCAUCAAAGAUUUGGUAAAUGACGCAAACGUGGAUGCGGACGAAAGCGGGUUAAAGCUGCAGGCACUAGAUGGGAACCACGUGUCGCUAGUCAGUCUGCACCUGGUAGACUCGGGCUUCUCCCACUACAGAUGUGACCGCGAAAGAGUCCUAGGGGUGAACAUCGCCUCCCUCAAUAAAGUCUUCAAAUUAUGUGGAGCCAACGAGUCAGUAGUCAUAUCCAGCAAAGAUGACGAAGAUAAUCUCAACUUCGUUUUCGAAAAUAAUAAAGAAGAUAAGGUGACGAACUUUUCCCUAAAAUUGAUGUCCAUAGAAUUGGACUCUCUCAACAUCCCAGAUUGUGAAGAAGGAUUUGAUGCAGAGGUAGAAUUGAGUAGCAAAGAAUUGACGAACAUUUUUAGAAACCUCUCCGAAUUUUCCGACACAGUGUUCAUCGAAAUAGACUCCAACAUUAUAAAAUUCACGACGAAGGGGUUAGUAGGUGAUGCAGAAGUGGCUUUAAAGCCAAGGGAAUCAACAAGUGAAGAUGAUGUGGGUGUUACCAUCAAGUCUAGAAAAAAAAUUAAACAAUCCUUUGCCAUAAAAUAUUUGAAUUUGUUUUCUAAAUCUACUAUCCUCUCCGAUGUGGUUACUCUGGGCUUAAGUGACAGCAGACCCAUUGAGUUCAAGUACGAAAUAAAGGACACCUCCCCUGACGCGGACACUCUGAAGGUUGGCUUUGUCAAAUUCUUCUUGGCGCCUAAAAUGGACGACGAAAUGGACAACAAGGAGUAGCCGCCCUCUUCGCGGCGGUUAAGCAGCGGUUACGCGGCAGUCACGCGGCGUUCUUCAGUACGUCAACGGUUCACUACCCCCUGCUGCACCGCCAGAUGCAUCCCAUAGGCAGGCACUACAUCACGCGUGCGCUGUGCGUCCAUACACCUUUGGCCAUACAUACGACUUGAACUGCCAAGUCA